AUGGCCAUGUCCAGUUGGAUGAUCCGUAGAAGUUUGAGGCAAAGAAGUCGACCUGCACCGGAAGAUUGCUAUCGGCUGGAGACGGAGAAAACGUUGCGCGAAAAUGCACAGGACAUAUAUGCCGGGCUGUGCUCGUUUCACAUCAGCGUUAACAAGCGGCUUAGCCUGCUGAAUGGAUUGGUUAAGCUGCUCGAUCGGUGGAAGCGUGAUGCCGGCCUGGACAGUAACGCAUCCGUGGACGCUGCGGCACGGUCAAUGACGGCACUGUCGGGCGAACGGGACGCAUGUCUAGGAUAUACGGUGCAGCAGUGGAUGUGUUGCGUCGGCCGUAGCCUCGUACACCAGCUGCCACAGAUACGGGCGGGUGCGUUGCGUGUGUUGCGCCGUCUGCUGCUCGCACCGUGCGAUAUGCGCGAGUUUAACCGGUUGCAGCUGGCACACCUGGUUUGCCGCAGCCUGGACGUGAUGCUUCGAAACGGCGAGGAACGGGUGCAAGCGCUAAAGCUCGUGCGCAGGAUGCUGGUGGUGGCACCGGAAGCACUUCGGCCGGCAAUCGUACGGUGUCUGGUGGCGCUUUGUGAAAGCGGUGCCGGUGGAGGCACCGCGACCGUACCCGGUCCCGGUGCAGGUGGUCCCGGUGGGGGCGGUAGUGGUGGUCACGCAAGCGGUUCGACCGGUACGGGUGAGGAUCGGCUGUUGCGUUGCUGUUUGGCAACGCUGUGUGAAAUAGGCGUGCUGAAUCCACUGCUGUUGAUCGAGUGCGGUGGUGUGGGCGUAAUUACGCGCAGCGUGUUGGAAUGUCACAGUCCACGCAUCGCGGAAAGCUUGUGCGGUGUGCUGCUCUAUCUGUUGGAGUGGCCCCGCACGCGCAACAUUGCCGGCAUCCAGCUCGACUGCUUUGCCGCACCGUACUGUGACUUUACGUACCGUGUCGGCAUGCUGGAUCGGUACAAGGAUGCACGGGAGCUACGUUUCACGUGCAGCCGGCUGGCACUGCUGUCCGUGCUGCGAUCCUGGGCCGGCACAAUCGAGUUCUGCGAUCCACAUCGGCCUUCCGGUUUGCGGGCGCUCAUCGAUAUCCUGUACCUGAACCAGCUCGAGAUACGGAAGGCGGUGCUGGAUCUGCUGUACGAGUUGAUCGGUCUGCCCCAGCCGGUCUGGACUGACGAGUAUUCGGUCGCGAUGUCGGUGGUCGAUCCGGCUGAGUAUCAGGACGCGUGGCGCCUGCACGAGGGCUUCGUGGCAGCGGAAGGUACCGCCAUCCUGCCGAGCCUGGCCGGUGCCGUGCCAAACCUGUGCGAAAUUCAUCUAGCCCUGCUGCUGUACUGUUUCGUCGAAAAUGGGCUGCUUAACGCACUGAUCGAGGUGAUCAUAUCGAGCGAUACGUUCAUCUCGGUGCGUGCCACGAUACUGCUGGCACGCAUCACCCAUCAGUUGCACUGUUUACUGCCGGCGGAAAUAUGUGCCCGUACGCCGACCGCUACCCUACCGAUGCUGGUGACGCGUGCCAUUGAAGGGAACCAUCAGGCGCGGGCCGCCAUUACUGCACUGCAGCAGCACCAUCUGAUGCUGCAGAAUCGGCCCGCCUCCUGCAGCCUGUACCUGGACUGUAUCAUCCAGAGCGGUGAGCUGAUCAAUACGCGAGCCUUCCGUCGUGAGCUGGUCCCACCGACACGAAUGGCGGGCCACCAGGGUAGUGGAUUUGGGUGGGAUACGACGAACAUACCGUUCAAGUACGGCACGCUCGAUGGGCUAAAGCGGGUACGGCACGAUUCAACCGGUUCGAGUGGUGGUGGCAGCGGCGGUGUCGGUGGACUGUUUGGAAAUCUUUCCUGGAGCAACAACUACGACGGGUUCGUGCGUGAUGCAACGCGUGGCAGCACCCGAACCGGUGGUACGAUCAAGCGCACGUCCAAGCGGAACGUGCUGCAGCAGCUGUGGGCCAGCCUGACCGAAGGUGAUCGGUUACUGAAGGAGUCGAACGUGCUCGCGGUGAAGGAUGCGAACAUGUGGGAUUGGGACAUCAUCAUCACGAUCCUACGGUCGGAUCUGCUCGGUAUGAAGCUGGACGAGCAGAACAUACGGUUCGUGCGCCGAAUUGUGGACUACUUUAAGCCGAGCAACAAUCGCUUUUCGCAUCAGGAUUUUGCCCAUCUCAACAGUAAUCGACAGGUGCCGGCAUACGUGACCGCUGGGUUGGAGUUGAUCGAUGCGAUGCUUCAAUCGCCCGAGCUUGAAUAUAUACGCAUUCUGACGGAUCUGUUCACCGAUAUCAGCCGGCAGCUGAUGGCUAUACACGCGAAGAAAUCGGCCCACGAGUGUUUGUUCAGCCCGUUGCACAUGACCGGUACGAUGUGCCAGCACUAUUUCCUGUUUAUUGGGCGCAUGUGCCGGACGGAGGGCGGGCUCGAGAUAUUGCGCAAUACGGAUGUGUUCAAGGAGCUGUCCACGAUCGUGCUGAAGACGAACCAUCUGUGCUACGUAAAGCUGAUCGUGUCCGGGCUGGACUACAGUCUCGAAGGCGAGCCGCGCAUCAUACUUGCCAAGGCAUUGCUGCGCCAUCCGUCACCGAAGGCUCGACUUUACGCAACACAGAUGCUGCGCGUGCUGCUCCGUGCCCGGUUACCCAACUUCGAGGUGUGGGGCAUUCAGCUGAUGCUGAAACUGGUGCAGGCAAUGCUAGGCGAUGGACAGGCACGGUGCGUACAGAUGGCAGCGUUAGACCUGCUGGAGGAGGCAUGCUACGAGCGGACGUACCUGGAGGAGCUGGUGUACUCCUGGCCCCGGCUGGAUCGUCUCGGGCCGCGGGGAAAGAUGGUGAUGAUGCGAUUCUAUUCCAUACCGCGCGGUAUCAAUCAUCCCGAGGCACAUACGGAGCAGGAGCUAGACCAGUGGGUGGCCACGUAUAAUGAGCAGUACGUCCUGCUGGUGGAGUCAGAUACGCACGCGCAUCUGACGCAGCAUAUCCGGACCGAGGACGGCACGUACAGUAGGCGACACGUAGCGAGCAGUACGCCGGGCGAGAGUACGGCGGCCGGGGCACCGAACCUGGCACCGCAUCUGUACGGUCAGCUAGUCCAGACGAGUAAAGGGUUCUCGCAACUGCUGAACCAUGGCCGGUUGCUAGAGCUUGCCGAACGCGUCCGUGUCGGUCAGUGUAACAACGAACAGGACUGUUUGCGGCUGAAGGCGGCAUUGUGGGCGCUGUGCCAUACCUGCACCAGCAAGGAAGCGAUCGAGUACAUGAGCGAACAGCUGCCCUGGCUGUUGCCACAUCUCGUGCAGCUGGUCAGGACCGCGGAUGUGUACUCGAUACGUGCGACCGCUCUCGGUGGGCUGUGCUUGGUGGCCAGCACGGCACAGGGCGCUGAGGCGCUGCGUACGCUGGGAUGGGUUGCGGUACGGCACGACCGCAAUACACACUGGCCCGUGAAUGAGCCGGGAGACUGGGAGACGGCAGCGGCACCGGUAGCACCCUCUACCGGCAACGAAAGCGACGGUGGCGAUGGACCCGGCCGACGGCGGCACAGCUUUGCCUCAACCGAGGAUGACAGUACGGCAAACAGCUUCUCAUUUCUCGUCUCGGUCACCGGCGGAGAUCUUUCGCCCAUUCCGAGCACCACCUCGCAUCUGGUCGGCAGUGACGAGCGGGAUGUGAUCAGUGGCCGUAAACAGCAACGACAGUUGUACCACGUGCGACGACCACUCCUUUCGAGUUCGUCGGCCGACAUGACCGAUGCGGAGGAUGUGGCGAUACAGCUGGACGGUGGUGAACGGUUGUUUUCCUCCUUUCGAACUUCCACGAUUCGUAGUCUCGAUCGCAAGUAUCAUCGUCUUAGCCUUCAACAUUACUCCUUGAGCGAAGAUGGCCAUUACCCGAGUGUAAAAGUAAAACCUUCUCUUUUCCCGACCAAGUCAAACACACCGGGACCCUGCUUCAUUGGUAUCUGCUUCCCGCUGGACAUAAUGGAUCUGUUUCCCGAUCUGGAAGUACGGCACCCGGUUGCGCUUGAUUCGCUAAUGCAGCUCAUCCGUAGCAAACUGGGCUCGAAGGAUGCGGGUCGGUCGAUGAAGGUGAGAAAACUACGGGUGACGACAGAAUCAGACGUAGACGAGGGAAGCACCGUUGACUACGAGCAGGAAGUGAAGGGCAACGCACUACCAAACCCCCCAACUGUCAGCUCAACGUCGACCUCCUCCUCGGUACCGGAAGAUGCGGAAGGAAACGACGGUCGACACCGGUGGUGGACCCACGAGAAGCACAACCGGUCGCAGUGCGUUCGAUGCUGUCGGGGCAAACGUGCGGAUGAGCGCUGGAAUCCGGCUGACGACGGGGACGGAAACGACGGCAAGGAGGCCGGAUUGGACGAAACGAUCGCAAACAACAUACUGCGGCACGUGCAGCGUAUGGCGAACCCGGUCUGGAGCAAACAGUCACGUAGCGUCCUGCUCGACAUCAAGCAAUCCCAUCCGGCCGCCUUCCAGGACGUGUGUCUCUACUCGGAGGUGUGCCGACUGCUCGGCUGCAACACGUACCGGCUUGGGUCGCGUCGCUUCCUGCAGGAGCUGUUUCUCGAUCUGGACUUUCUCGGCACGGGAAACCGAACGGUACCGGGCGACGUACCGUGCACGACGGAUGGUAAACAGCAACAUCUGGCAUAUCUGACAAUCUCCAAAGCCCUCCAGACACCGCUACAGAUCCAAACGCAGAAUCUCCCACCGAGCACGAUAACGGGCAAGGGUGCAAUGCUGCCCGCCGGUGGGGUAGCAGCGUUUCUGUUACGCUCACCUCCGCUCGCCAGCGUGCACGAGGCGAGUGUGGAAAAUCUGGACGAAAUGUCCUCCGCACCGAAACAGCAACAAGAACAGCCUGCAGUGCGUGAUCCACCACGGAUGUUGCCAUUUGCACCAUCAGAUGACAAGCAGGCAACGGUCCGAUUGCGUGACCGCUAUACCGUACCAUAUUCCCGUUCGAUCGUUGGUGAUAUCGCUGUUGAAACGUUAAACGUCCGACCCCGCUUCAAUACGCUCGAGCUCGAUUUGAGCUGUUCGCGCAACAAGUUUCCCAUACGGGAUCGCAGCAAGCUUGACUUUUCAUCGAUGACACCCUUGAUCGCACCGUACGAUAGUGCCGCAAAGCCGGGCAAUGCCGGCCUAACACUGCCACUGUCCGCGAGCAGCUCGUCGACAUCCUUCGUCAGUGUUGGCCGAGGGUCCGCCGUUACCAGCCCGACCCAAUGGUACCCGAGCCCAUCGUCCACGAUCGGCAGUCUGUACUGCGAACAGCGAUUACGGCUCAAGACGUCCAAAUCGGAAGCAACCCUUACAAAGAACAAGUAGCAAACCGUAGUAUCAUCGCGUCUAGUCAGGAACGCUGUGGACAGCUAGAUAGAGGCAUUCUCGACCCGUUCGAUUAGUUCUUUA